AUGUCAUCUCCAAAACACCUUCGCAUUGGCGUAUUCAUUCCAGCUGGAUGCCAGCUUCUUGAUAUGUCAGGCAUCGACAUUUUUUCCGUGCUUUCACCAGAAUACCUUUCAGCAUGUGGGUUACCAGCCCCAUUGGUCGCACUUGGGAUUAGUUGUACGAUAUACUAUAUAUCUCUUCCGUCCACUGGGCCCGAAGUUGAAUUGACAGCUAAUGCUUUCCUUCGAUUAUCGAAAACUACAAAAACCAAUGAAGUGCAGCCAGUGGCACAGUGUGGAAUUUUGAAAGGAUUGAGUGCUAGUGGACCAAGAGCUCUUAUUCCGCGAUUGAAGAAGGAGUUUUCGGACACAAAAUGGGUUGAUGACAGGAGGUGGGUUGUGGAUGGUAAUAUUUGGAGUAGUGGUGGCAUUACCAAUGGACUAGAGAUGAUUGCUGCAUACAUAAGGCAAAAGUUUCCUAGUCCAGCAGCAGAGGCAGUAAUAGCAAUGGCAGAUGUUGGAGAGAAAGGUGUCUUUUAUACAAAUGGAAAUACGAACGAAACGCUUCGGUGGUUAUGGCAGAUCUUGAGAGCAGUUGGUCUUGGCAUUGGAAAGGACAAAAAAUCUCGAUAG